GUAGACUUCACUGAGUUUCUUUCUUUGCAAAUCAUGCUAAGUUAAAGCAGUAAAAUGUCUAUCCAAGCAGUUGACAAUUUAUUUCAACAAGCAAGGAAAGCAUCAGAUGAAGAUAUAGAAAAGUUAUGUAAUAAUAUUUUAGAUGUAUUUCAUCAACCAGAAAAACUAACAGAAUGUACCAAUUUACUACGACAGUUAUAUUUUAUACUACAGGUUUCAGACCAUCCUAUGAGUUUACCGAAGAAGCUACUAGAGAAUCUGAUUACCUCAGUUGGGUUGAUGAAUGAAAGAAAUCUAAAACAAUGUUUAAUUUGUCAGAGAAUAGUAAAAGAAGUUAUGCCCCUUGACGCUGAGAAUAUGUCUGAGUUAUUACAACCUGAAUCAGGCAGUUCCGUUACUAAAAAUCUUUUUCCUCUUUAUAUAGCUCAGGGUAAAAGAUAUGGUUGUAUUAAAUCAGUUCUAUCUUCAGCUAUGAGAUGGCUAGGUAAUCAAGACUUAGAUUUUGAAAGUCAACGACAAAGUUUUGUAUUUUUAGUAGCUGUGUCUAUUUUACAUACUAGUUCUCUGAAUACAGAAUAUAUAGAAACUACAAGUUCUAAGAUAUCACAAUGGUUAUUAAAUGCUAGUAUACAACAAGCACCCAAUCCCUAUACUAUUAAUCCAUUCCGGAAAGAUCAAACUAAUAUAGUCAACGAAAUAGAUGGUACACCAAGUCAGAACUUCUUUACUUUUUUAAAUAUAGGCCAAUAUUACACUGAAGAUCAGUUUCUGAAUAUCCACUCAUUCUCCAUGUUAUAUAAAUGGCUGUAUCAUUGUCACAAACAACUGACAUCUGACACUACUGUCACUAACAAUGGCAGUGACAUGUCACCAACUGACAGAUGUAAACAAGUGUUUGGUAAUCUGGCCAGUAAAACAGUGGAAUAUUGUUUUAGAUUACUUGACCAAUGUGAAAGAAAACCAAAGGUGGCAACAGAUGCAGAAAUACAGAUAGCAUGUUUGUAUGAAACAGUGACUAUAUUAGAUUUAAUCUGUUCUAUAGAAGCUAACUAUAUACCUAAAGUACAUCAGGAAAUAAAACGAUUAUAUACACGUUUAUCUCAUGAUGUUACAGCCUUCCCUGUUAUUAUACAGAUAUUACAGUUCUUUAUCAAUCACAAUAUUACAGUUCUUUAUCAAUCACAAUAUUACAGUUCUUUAUCAAUCACAGUAAGUAUAUACAAUGUUACAGCUUUCCCUGUUAUUAUACAGAUAUUACAGUUCUUUAUCAAUCACAAUAUUACAGUUCUUUAUCAAUCACAAUAUUACAGUUCUUUAUCAAUCACAGUAAGUAUAUACAAUGUUACAGCCUUCCCUGUUAUUAUACAGUUAUUACAGUUUUUUAUCAAUCACAGUAGUGCAGUGGUCCAUGAUCCACAAGAGACGUAUCAACAUGUGUUUACAGAGAUAUUAUCCCAGCAUUAUACAGAUCAAGGCUUGAUGUUUGAUAUAGUUAAUUUUAUUAUGGAUAAUCUAGAUACGUUAUGUUAUAAAACAUCUAUUUUAUCAACAUACUUCCCUAAUAUAUUUAAGAUUUUAGCCUGGCAUCCCAGAACAUUCCUGGCAGAAUUUAUUGAUAUUUUACCAGCUUUGAUGUCUCCCACUACAUCCCUAGAGAUUUUCCAUACUAUACUGGAUCUACCAUGUAUGACAGGAGCUCUAGAGACCAUAGUAAAGAGUCCAGAAAAUACUAGUCAGUUAUCAACAGUUACAGUUACUCCAGCUAGUUCACUAGAGGCCUACCAGAUGGCGCUCUAUAGACCUUUACUUACCUUCAUUACUAGAGUUGAGGGCGGCCACGGUGAUACUAUAAAUAGAUUAGACUCCCUGCAUGGUGUAUUAGAUGAUUUAAAGAAUAACCCCAGAGUUACAGUAGCUUCACAGACUGUUCCUGUUUUACUCAGAGUAUGGUUUGAAGAAAUAUUAGAGAAUGGAGGCAAUGAUUUUGCUAUACAGUUAUUACCAGUAAUGCUGGAGAGAUCUAUUUUACUCUAUCCUAAACCAGAUUUUACAGCAGACGUAAAGAGGAUACUAUCAGAGAAUUUAGUAAAACUACUAAAGAAAUACAAAUCAAUAGUCAUAAGUCAAUAUGAUGAGAUAUCAGAUUUCUUAAUUAGUACCAGAAAUAUAUAUAAUAGAGAGGAAUUUUAUACCAAUUUAGUUUGGUGUGUUGGUGAAUAUUGUACAGUACAACAUAGUAAAACAUGUACAGCUGAUUUGAUAGCCAAGUAUUACAAUAUAUUAGAAGCUGUUACAUAUGAAACUUCUGGUAUUAUAAUAAACAAUGAUGAAACAUCGUAUAUUACAUUGAAAACUGUUUCAGUUCUGAUAUCUGCUUUAUCUAAGUUGGCCACUCGAUGUCAAGAUUUGAUCCCCCGAGCUAUAUUGUGUUUAACGAAGGUCACCAAACAACAUUUAACCAAUAGUAACGGUGGUGAAAUACUGGUUUCAAGAUGCCAGGAACUUAUAAAUAUACUCAAAUUACCAAACUUUGCGUCCGUGAUAUUAAAUCCACCAGAAGAAAUUGAAUCAGGAAGGUGGCAUAAAGACAAUACAUCUAUACCUAUAUUAUUACGAGCUUCACAUAGACAUUUAACUUCUGAUGGCUGACAGUUUUAUAAUAAAAAUUUAUAAUGCUU